CUAAAGUGUGGGAGGAUAAAUCGUACAGAUGAUCAACUAGUGCCGAGUCAUCGGUGUUUAAUGUCUGAUAACGGACAGCGGGGUCAAAGGUCCCAGGGAUUGUCAGAUAGAGCUCAGAGCUUCUGAAAGCCUGGAUCAGAUCAGACUGCAGAGCAGCGUGAGGAGCGGCAGUGAGUUGACCGCACACUACAUUCGCAGGGUUUAUAUUAUGGAGUCUGAGCUGCUGAUUGGCUGGGAUGCAGAACGGGCGGAGUUAAAAGCAGAAUUAUCCAGGCAGGAGGAAGAGCUGGCCGAGAGUCGAGCAGAGACAGAGGAACUUCGAUCGCGAACAAAUGUGCUAACCGAACGGUUGUCUCAGACGUUGGACUCAUCCGUAUCUAUUCACUGGGAAAGUGAGCAGAGAGAAUGGAGAAAGAAACUGAGAGAGGGAAGAGAGCGAGAGUCAAGACAGGCUCUGCUCAUCCAGAAACUACAGCAAAAGGUGAUUGAGUACCGGAGUCGCUGUGAACAUCUGCAGCAGCGACUGAAAACUGAGGAGAGAGAAAUGAGAGUUCGAGAGAGGAUUUUGCAAGAUGAGCGCAGCGACAGUUUGGAGACCACCCUCAUCAGGCUGGAGGAGGAACAGCAGAGGAGUGUAACACUGGUGGAAGUCAAUGCACUGUUGCGUUGCGAGCUUAGCCAAUCAGCAGAAGCCAACCAAGCACUACAGGAAGAUUUGAAGAAACUGACUGCUGAUUGGUCCAAAGCAGUGGAGGAAGCAGGGCACAAAGAAAUAGAUUGGAACGUAGAGAAAGAGGUUCUCUCUGCCCAUAUAGAAGCAGAGCGUUCGAGGUUAAUGUCACUCUGGAGCAGAGUCGUAGCUCUUAAACGCCAGUGUCAUGCAGUCAAAGUUGCAACAGACAAAGACUUAUGGGAACUGAGAGCAGAGUUCACUCGUCUGUCCUCCACUUUUCUUUCUUUGAAUGUUCUUCCUGCUCUCUCCACAACUCAUUCUCCACCUCCACCUCCUCUCGCCCACACGUCUGGACCGAUGACCCUUGCAGAGUUAGAUCAUGAUUCGAAUGUGGAGAAGCUCAAAAGCAGGAUUAAUGAGUUAACAGCUGUUGUAAAGUCUCAGGAGUUGGAGAGACAGAGGCAGGACGAGUCAAUGAAGAUUAGCAACAGAAAAGAGGAAAAGGAACGAGAGCUGCAGCAAGAAAAAUACAGAGAAUUGGAGAGACAUAUGGAAUCGAUUACUCAGGCCAUGGGAAAACUGUACAGGGCUCUCGGGGCUCAGAGGUCAGAUGCACACCGAGUUUUUCCUGACUCUGGUGUGUUCGGUGACGAUCUCCACUCUGUCCUGUGGGUUAUCUCUGAGGCUGAGAGUGCUUUCCAGAUGGGACGUCAAGAUGUGCAGGAAGCUGAGGGGAAGUGGCGCAGGUUGAAAGUGGAGACAGAAUCACUGCAACAGCAAAUCACAGCACUUGAAAAUGAGAAGGUGGCUCUUCAGAAACAAGCCAGUUCGGAAGCUUUAGCGUUAAAGCAGACACAGAGCCUACUGAGCAGUGAAAAAGAAACAACUUUAAGUUUAAAGAGGCAGCUGGAUGAAUCUGAGUGCCGCAGUGAAGAUCUGAAAAGAGAAAAUGUAAGGUUGAUACAGCAGAGGGAGAGGGAGGAUGAGGAGCGGAGUGGAAUGGAGAGUGAGCGUCAGAAAAGAAUUGAGGCAAAGCUUGUGGGAGACGCCCAUUUGUGUGAGCAACAGAGUCGCACUCGUAUAGAGCUACAUACACUGCAGGUGGCGCUGGAACAAGAGAGAAUGGAAAGUGCACGUGCGGAGAAAGAGUUAGCAGACACCAGAGAUGCUUUAGCCAAGACACGUGAGUCUCUGCUGUCUCUUUCCUCUACACACGCUUUGCUGCAGAGGGAAACUGCAGAUACCCGUGAUUCCUUGGAGAAAAUGGCUAGAUUGAAUGAGUCACUGGCACAGGAUAAAAGAGAGCUCAGUGCCCAAAACCUUCAGCUGGAGGAGCAGGUGACUGAAUCUCAGUUGCAGGUGCAGUGUUUGCAGUCAGAUGUAGCAUCACUGCAGAAGGAGUUAAAUGCUGUUUCAGAGGAAAACGGAGAGUUAAGGGCUUGCCGAAAUGCAGAUAUGGAAAACCUUCAUCUGCUUAGAGGAAGAGAAAGAGAACUGGAGGAGGAACUGCAAAUAUUGAGAGAGGAAAGAGAGAGAGACUCUAAUGCUCUCACUGAUGAGAAAAUGAAAAAUGAGCAGUUGUCCGAACAGUGCAGAGGUGUGGGUGAGAAGUUGCGUACUAUGAAGGGGAAGCUGGAUAAAGAGCUGGACCAAGAGAAGAUGGCCCAGAGAGUGAUAGAAGAGCUGCAGAGAGAAAAACAGCGACUGGAGGAACAAGUGCACAGUAUGGGCCAAGAAAAAAAGGAAAUGAAACAAGACAGAGAGGAACUCGGGAUUUUGACUGGCAACCUCCAGCAGCAGCUGUGUGCGGCGAAGGAACAGAUUUCUGUUCUGGAGGUUCAGCAUACACAACUGCAAAUGCAGGUUCAUGCACUCCAGCAGGCCAAAGAUGUUCUACAUGGAGAGAUAAUGUGUCUUCAAUCUGAGCUGGAGGAAGAGAAAAGAAGAGCCCUUGAAGCACACAGGCAGCAUGAAAAAGAGCUUGAAAAGUUUAAAAUAGAGAUCAGACGAUUGAAUGCUGAAGGCCAAACAUUGUUGAAGAAUCAGCGAAUACAUGAGGAAGACAGAGAAAGUUGGCAAAGAGAAAGAGAAGCCUUGAACUCUGAGCUGGGGGUAAAAGAUGGGGAGACAUUAGCUCUAAAAAACAGGAUGGAUGGAUUGAUGAAAGAAAAUGAAAAGCUUGCAAUUUUGACUGUUGAAAAAGAUGGAGAUGUGGAAACACUGUUAUCAGAAAUCAGGAGUCUGGAGUUGCAAAUGCAAGAAGCGAAAGCCAAGAUGGAACAGUUGAAGGAGAAAGUGAUUGAUUUUGAUAGAGAGAAGGAGGAACUUUUAGAAAGAAUGAGGCAAGACAGUGAAGUUCUAAAUAUAAGUAAAGAAGAAAAUGUCAAGAUGACCAAUAUUUUGAAAAUAAGAGAUGGUGAGAUAGAAAAGAAUAGUAAGCACAUAGAGGAUUUAAUGGAGAAUAUCCAAUUACAGGACGGUCUAAUUGAAAAAAUAAAAAGGGAGCUUGAGGAAAAAGAUAUUGUAAUAGCUGAUAAAAUAAACAGAGAGAAAAUAAUGCAAAAAGAAAGGGAGGCAGAAGAAAGAGGAAAGGAACUAAAGCUAAAAGGUGAGCUAAAACUAAAAGAAAAUGAGUUAGAAAGGCUCAAAGAGAAUGUGGAAGAAUUAACGAUGGCGAAGGAGCACAUGUCUCAUCUGCUGCAGGAAAGAGAUACAUACCUGGAAAAGCUUAAGAGUAAAGUCGUAGAUCUGGAACAGAAAGAAAUAAAAACAAAAGAUGAGAUAGAAUGGUGGAAGGAAAAGGUUGGAGAUGUGGUAAAACAAAAAGAAGUACUAAUGGAUAGAGUAAAAAAACACAUUUCUGUUGAACAAGAGAAAAAUGAAUUGGCUGACAUACUGCAAGAAAGAGAAGAGGAGAUUAAAAUACUGAAGAAAAAUGAAGAAGAUAUGCAGAGUGACCAUGAAAGAAUAAAGGAGGAGUACAGAGAACAAGAGAAAAAGCUGAAGCAGAGAGAUGGAGAGAUAGAAGAACAUAGAAAUACAAUUGUAAGGAUGAUGGAAGAAAAACAUGAGCAAGAGAAAUUAAAAAUACAGCUAGAUGGAUUGAAAAGAGAAAAAAAUAGUCUGGAAGACAAGAGGAACCAACUGGAAGAAGCAGAACAGCGGAUGAUGGAAGAAAUUAAUGAACUUCGAGUAAAGAUCGGUGAGCUGGAUAGAGAGAAGUGUGAAGUUGAAAGAAAAGUGCUAGAGCAAAAAGAUCAACUUCAAAUCCAGACUGUUUUUCUUAAAGAAAGAGAGGUAGAUUUAAACAAACUGAGAGAGACUUUAGAACAAAAAGAACAGCAAGAAAAUGAGGAACUGAUGACAUUAAAAGAAAAACUGAAUGAAACAAAACUUGUCCAGGAAAAAGAAAGAAAUAUACAAAAGGAAUAUGAUCAAAAACUCCAGGUGGCAAAAAAUAAAAUAGCUAUAGUGGAAGAAAACGUGAAGGAACUGGAAGUAAAGAAUAAAGAUUUGAUGCAAGAAGCAGACAUAGCAAGAAAAAGUCUUCUGGAGAAGCUGAGAGAAUUAGAGAUCAAGUCAAAGCUUUUACAUGAAAAUGCAGAAAAAAUCAAGACAUUAAAAUUGAGAAUGGAGAAAGGGGAAGAGGGAAAGGAAGAACUCAAGAGGUCAUUUAGGGAAAUGAAUGGCGAGAUAGGGAGGCUAAAGAUUGAACUGAAAGAAAGAAAAGAAAAGGAAGAAAGGGUAAGGUUAGAGCUACAGCAACAAAUUCAGAAUCUGGUAGAAGAUCUAACGAGGAAAGAUAGUGUUAUUGAAAAAAUGGAUUUGGUUCUUGAGCAAAAAGAGGAGGAGCUAAAACAAGCAAAGAAAAAUAAAGAUGCAAUGUCAACAGAGGUGACAAAGCUAAGGGGAGAGUUAUCUGUGCUUUUUCUGAGCAAGGAGAAGGCAGAAACAAUGGUGAAAGAAAGGGAUAUAGAGAAUAAAAAGAUGAAAGAUGGAAUUAAAGCUGGACUGGAAGAGAUGGUCACACUGAAGGAGUUGCUAGAGGAGAGCCGCUCUGAAGGAGAAAAACUCAGGAAGAUCUUAGAAGAGAAAAUAAAUGACAAGAUAAAGGAAAGAAAGGAGGAAGUCAGAGCAGCACGAGAAGAAACUGAAUACCUAAACCUUAGGGUCCAGAUACUCCAGAAAAAGAAUGAAGAUCUUCAGGCACAGCUGUGGAUCAGGGAGGAAAAUGACAUUAAGACAAAGUAUGAAGUUGAAGAUGUAAAGAAAAUGGAGGCGGGAGUACAAGAGACCCUGAAAUCGACGCUCCAGGAAGAUGUAACAGAUAAAAAUAAGCUAAAAAACCAUGAAUUGCUGAAAGAUCAGAAAAAUAAAAGACCAAACCAGCUAAAAGAGGAAGAGCGUGAAAUCAACAGAAUAAAUGAUCCCUUGGAGGAGCAAGAAAUGAACAUGUUGGAAAGUAAAAUGGAAAAGAAAACCAUUAGCUUUGAACUUGUAAAAGACAAAAGGGAAACUGACCCUAUGAAGAAUAAAAUUAAAUCAAAUAACAGGAUGGACCAUGUAGAAAAACAAAGUGAUGAAAAAGAUAUUAAGUUAGUAAUAAUUCCAGAAAUUGAAGAAGAACAUGCAAGGGAUCUUUUACGGGAAAAACUCAAGGAUGCACAAAUAGAGACAGACAUUGUAAAAAGGCAAAUGGAAAGAAAAAAACAAAAUGUAACGACAUAUCUGGAGAAAAGUACAUUUGUGGAGAAGAUACACAGCCAGUUUCAAGAAAACUUUACAAUUGUAAAUGUGCAGACAAAAAAAGACUUUGAAACGAAGGAAUCACAAAGUCAGACUCAAAUGAAAGAGAAUAUAGAAUUACAAGCAAAGGUUUACGAUUUAAAGAAGGAAGCAGACGAGCUCAGGAAAGACAGAGAUCGUAUAAGAUCAGCACUGGAAAAAAAUGAGGCAAUGCUAAUUCAUUAUCAAGAAAAAGUGCAUCAACUGGAGAACAAGGUGCAGGUGGUGAGCAGCUGUGAAGAGGAAUCACAGAACCGUGUAUGUGCCCUGCAAAGAGCCGUGGCUGAGUUGGAGCUUAAGCUAAUGAAACUACAACAGAAAAACGAAAGACUAGAACAUCGUAUUGAGAAGCUGAGAUUGGAGAAAACUAACCUACGAGAGACUUUAAAACAGGUUGAGCUGGAGAGGGAGAAAUUGCAGUGUCAGCUCGCAAGGCCAGAGGCUGAAAUCCAGGAUUGCAGCAGUCCACUUGGAGCUGAUGAGCUGAAGUAUCUGAGAUCACGGGCAAGAGAACUGACAGCACAGGUCCACCAGUUACGCCUGCUGCUGGCUUCAGAUCAUCAGGAACGGGCAGACUUUAUUGAGGAGUCCUUAAAGAAUAGUAAAUCACUGCAAAUGUUGAGGCAGGACCUGAAUGACUCUCUCACACUGGUGUCCAAACAGCUUGCCCCUACUGUUUUGGAGUGUGAAACACAAAGACUUGACAGGAGCAUAAGAGAAGAGCAGCUAAAGAUUUUGCUCAGUCACAGCUAAUGAACUUAUAAUAUACCUUGCACAUUUAAUAAAGUCCUAUGGAGUUACA